AUGAUUGAAGUGAUAGCCAUGAUUAAAGGCCUACAAGUGCUGAUGGCCCGCAUGGAGACUGUGUUCUGUGACGCCGCCCGAAGUAUAAUAGUCUCGGUCCGUGAGACUUGUGGCGACUGGGCCCGUGGCUGUGAGCCGCAACAGGAUCCGGCAUUACGCGGAAAGAAAGAUUCAGAGGCGAGCUUCACUAUAAAAGUGCCAAGGAGGAAUGUUGGUCCGUCUUCUACCCAGCUGUAUAUGGUGAGGACUCAGCUGGAAGCUCUCAUAUCAGACAAGUCCGGUGGUAGAAGGACAUUACGCAAGGAUAUAGAUGCCGGCGUUCUGCAGCAGAUAGAAUCCUUCCAUCGGCAGAGCUUCUACUGGGGUUAUUUGUUGAACCUAUCAGGUAUGUAA